AAUGAUGUCAAACAAAAUCAAGCAUAUCUGGGUAGAAAAACAAAGACUAUUACUGAAAACUACAAAAAUGAUUACAAGAGAACUUGGAGUGUGUUGAUGAAUAAAGGUGAUCACACCAAAUAUUGACUUUAAAACUAAUUAGAACUGUACAAACACCAUUUUUGCCUCAUAUACCGUUACUCUAUGUUUACACAUGUUUCAGUAAAAACAAGGAACUUAUAUUCCUUUUUCCUAGACACACAUAAAGAAAUGAGGGAUGGCUCAAGACUUUUGCACAAUACGGUAUCUCCUGCCAUAUAAACUAACCCUGAGAAACCAGGGUCAGUAAGAUAAGCUGCAUUUACUUCUUUACAGACACCCGUUCUCAGGACGAGAGGUCCCAGUGUCAAACGGCUCCGGUUUUAUCAUCAGCAGCGAUGGUCUCAUCAUCACCAAUGCCCACGUUGUAGCCAACAAGCGAGGCGUCCGUGUGAAGCUCACCAAUGGAGAGACGUACAAUGCCAUCGUGCAGGAUGUCGACCCUGUGGCGGACAUCGCCACCAUCAAAAUCUCUGCAAGGAACCCGUUACCCACUCUCACACUCAGCCAGUCGUCUGACAUCCGACAGGGAGAGUUUGUGGUUGCCAUGGGAAGCCCAUUUUCGUUACAAAAUACAAUCACAUCGGGGAUUGUCAGCUCAGUGCAGAGAGGCAGUAAGGAGCUGGGCCUGUCCAACUCCAACAUGGAGUACAUACAGACCGAUGCAACCAUUGAUUUUGGAAAUUCUGGAGGUCCCCUCAUUAAUCUGGAUGGUGAAGUCAUUGGUAUAAACACCAUUAAGGUUACCGCUGGCAUCUCCUUUGCAAUUCCGUCUGAUCGUGUGAGGCUUUUUCUGGAGAAAGCAGCCAAAAGAAAAAGCACUUGGUUUCAUAAGGAUGAGACGAAGCAGCGGUACAUUGGUGUUAUAAUGCUGACGCUGACGCAGAGGAUCAUUGCUGAGCUGAGGUUGAGAGACUCAUCUUUUCCGGAUGUGACUCACGGUAUCCUGAUUCACAGGGUAAUCAAGGGCUCUCCAGCUUACAGAGCUGGCAUGCAAGCCGGAGACAUUGUGCUGGAGAUAAACGGGGCCAAGGUGAACACCUCAGAGGAGAUCUAUGAGGCCGUCCGCAGCAGCGACAAAAUCACUAUGCAGGUGCAGCGAGGACAAGAGAUACUCCGCCUUCACAUAACUCCCGAUUAUAUAGAUUAAUGCAAACUGCAUUAUUUCAUGUCAGCCGCUGGACAGAAUGAGUUGUUAGCUUGUGUACACCAGAAAACUGUGAAACCUUACAGUGACUGUGUUCAAAAGAAAAUGUUUGCUGUUUAAUAAAUUAGAUUUUAUGUAAAAGUUUUCUUAUAUUCUCCAGUAUUUCACUAACAUUUGGAGAGGUGUCAGCUUACAGUGAAUGUGUAGGCAUUUUAGCCAUAGUAAAUGUUACCUGUUUAAAACUACACUGGUGCAGUCUUCAUGGUGCCAUUUUUCAUUAAAUGCUAAAAGCCAUGCUCACUGUUUAUUCACGGAGGGGUUCUUAGUGAAUUCUACCUCUUCUUUCUUACUUAUUGCUCAGAGUAGCCAAACUUGUGUCUCUUGUAAUGAUUUGUGUCCAAAAUGCAUUAUUUGUAAAAUAAAAGCUCACGGAGCCUGA